AUGGUAAAACUGUUAUUAGAUUACGAUGCUAACGUCAACGCUCGAGAUAAGAACCACGUCACUCCUGUACAUGACGCUGUUCAGAAUGGGGAUCGCGAAAUGGUGGAACUAUUUCUCGCUAAUGGCGCAGUACUAAGCGAUCAGCCGGAAUUAUUAUUCACCGCCGUUGCCCAUGGUUAUAAAGAAAUUGCUCGACUUCUUUUAAAACAGGGCGUCGAUGUAAAUUUUAGAGAUCCCCAUGGUAGAACACCAUUACACGUUGCAGUUUCUAAUUUAAGAGACGAGGCUCAUAAGACAUCUAGUGAAGACGAUUUACGGACAACUUCAGAGAUCACUGAUAUACUGCUCGAGCAUAACUCAGAUAUUAACUCGGCAGACAAUCGCGGAACAACGCCUGUUCUUCUGUGUGCUAUGAGUGGGAGAGUGGACCCGUACAUGUCCCUUGUUCAGAAAGGUGCGAAUAUACGUCCAAAACUGAACGACGGGUCCACAAUCCUUCAUCUGACCAUCAGGAGACGUCGCACGGAUAUAAAUUUAAUCAAGAUCCUGGUCAAUUCGGGUGCCGACAUUAAUUGCCUGGACUUGCACGGCGACACCCCGCUUCACACGGCAGUUCGAUACAGAAACAUGGAGGCCGCUCGACUUCUCAUAGAGCGUAAGGCGAAUGUUAACGCGAAAAGUAUAAACGGUUCAACACCACUUCAUCUAACUGCCUAUCAUGCCUUUACCGGUAUGGAAGAUAUAUGCAGAUUAUUAGUGGAGAGGGGUGCCGACGUGAACGCCAGGAGAAACAGGGGUGAUACUGCGCUGCACAUAGCAGCUAAAAAGGGUUUUCUGGACGUCGUCGAUUUGUUGUGCAGUUCCGGUGCUGAUACCGACACGCCGAACAGGAGGGGUGAUACUGCGCUCCAUCUUGCGUCUCAAGAGAGGAGGAAAGCUGUCGUUAGAAGUCUCAUAGCACACGAUUCGGACGUUAACUUGAAAAACAAUACUAAUAAAACACCGUUCAAGCCAGUUCUCGUUUACGAUUUAAGGCUCAGAUUUUAG